AUGGAGGAGGUGGAUCCCGAAACAGACCUCCUGAGAAGGGUUCCGAUUCUUCGACGCACGAAGGUCAGAAUCGCGAAGCUAAUGACACGGAUAGGUGGCUUCUUAAAAGAGGUUGGAUUCGACGCCCAUGAUCCACUUCAAGAUCCUUCGAAAGCACUGCUCCCGGCCUCUGGUAGAGGAAACUGCGCUGCGGUGAAGACGCUUUUGGAUAAGGGAGCCGAUGUCAACGCAAAAGAUAAAAAGGGCGACACUGCACUUCACAAAGCCGCCCUUAGAGGUCAGGCUGAAGUAGUACAGCUUCUGGUUAAAGAGGGAGCGCAACCUGACGAAGGGAACAAGGAUGGGAGUACGUCAUUGCACAAAGCCGCAAAAGCCGGGUAUGAGGAAGUCGUUCGGACGCUCAUUGAAAAUGGCGCCAAAAUCGAAGCACAAGAUUGUUUCGGUCAUUCUGUCAUAGGAAUCGCAGCGUCAUACGGUCAGUAUGCAGUCGUCGAUACACUACUGAAGAGUGGCGCCAAGGUCGACAUGCGAGACCAUCAUGGCAGGUCCGCUACACACUAUGCCGCUGGGAAGGGAUACGACGCUAUCGUAAAGCUGCUCCUUCACAACAGGGCGAGUAUCAAUGCAAAGGACCACUAUAAGAGUCGACCGCUACACCGGGCAGUAUUACAUGGCAAUGAAUCCGUCGUCAAGAUCCUGCUCGACAAGAGUGCAGAUGUGGAUGUCACCGAUCAACACGGGAGUACCCCUUUGCACGAAGCCGCUACGAGAGGGCAUGCUACUGUUAUAGAUCUACUAUUGGUCCACGAACCGGAAGUAGAUGCGGUAGACAAGCUUGGAAAUACGGCACUCCAUCGGGCUGUGCUAGGCGGGCAUGAAGACAUCGUUGAAUCUCUUCUCAAGAGCAAGGCCAACAUCAAACUGCCGAACGGGAAGGGGCAAACAGCUCUUCAUCUGGCAGCAGCAAAGGGCGACAACACGAUGGUCGUAAAACUGAUUGAGAGGGAGGCUCUGGUGGAUACAAAGGACCUGGCGGGGUUUACACCACUUUUCAAGGCUGUUGACGCUGGGCACGACAAAGUCGUUCAUUGGCCAGAAAGCUAA